AUGUCUUUCAAUACGACGAUCAAAUUACGACUACGGCGUGUCGCGCAGCUGUUGAUGGUAGUUAUUCUCGCAUCUUUUGAAACUACCAUCGAUGCGGUCCUGACAUCGAUUUCUUCGGAGACUCAGAAUUCCAGAAUCUCACUGGAAGACUUGAAACUGCUCGUUUCACAGGCUUUGGGCAAUCAUAAAGAAUAUCAAAUCACCUCGCGUGCUGCAUCACUGUCCAAUAACAAAAAUUCUCGAUCAUUACUGGUGAAAGUGCAGCAGUUGAUAACAGAGAUAGAUCUGUACAACAAAGCUCAAGAGAUGAUUACCAUCGAAACGCUCAACUCCUUGUCGAGCAGAGUGAAACUGUUAGAGAAUGAGAUAAGUCAUUUUCACAUUACUUCCAAAGGCAAGGCUACCGAGAGCUUGCUCGAAGACAGUGGUACCAGUUUGGUGCUCCACAUUAAAUGA